AUGUCCGAACCACGACCCUCGAGAUCGGCCAAGUCCAAGGCCAAGGCCAAACUCACCAGGAGAACGACUCGUGGGAAUAUACGAGACGAGAACGACGAUGAAGAGCACGAAGAAGUCGAGCUCGACCCUCGAAAGAUGCACGUUGGAAUGCUAAAGGCGUUUCAGAGGAUGGCUGACAAGUACCAGUCCGAUGUGCUUGAUCCAGCCUCGGCCAUCCACAAGGAUCAGCUCACGGCCCUGAACAAGCGGAUGAAGAAGUCCAUUCAUCCUGCAAUGCCCAAGGUCCAUGUUGGUCGAGAUGGCUGGUCCAAGCAGGACGAGAACGACGUUCUCGACCAGUGGGAAGCCGAAAAGCACCACUGGAUCGACAUUAAUGACGUGAAGCUAUAUCACAUGCUCUGGAAGAUAUGCCUACAAUACGCCAAGUGCACGCCGUGGGACAUUGUGGGCUUCAACACCAAGCUCUCUUUUGAGCUUAGUUGUCGAGGCGACUUGGGAGGCGAAGUUGAAGAGAACCACACCUGGUCCUCCGAUUUCAGUGACCACCUCGCCUGGCUCAUCCCUCAUCCCGCAUGGGCCGGGGGGGAAAGCUCUUCGCGACCGUCUUUGCUAGCCACCGCAAUUCAGUACGCCGUUAUUCUGCGUACAAACGAUCAAAGAGUCUGGCGGCUCAACCACCUCGGGGACGAGUUCUUGGUGGCAUUCGCCGCCCUAUGUCGAGAAAGCUGCCCUUGCUCAAUUGCAGGGGUCCACGCAGAGGUGCUCGCACGUAGGAGGGCGGAGGGAAUCAAGACGAUUCCCAUCAUCUCCCGCGUGUUUCAGUCGUUGGAAAAGGUGAUCCAGACACCAACUGACAGCUUUGUGCCCGCAGAUGAAGAGCCGUACUUUGUCACGACUCAAGAUUUGACCAAUCUCAUCCGGGCACUGGAUCAGAUUGUUGAUCCAGACACAAAACUCAGAAUGUUCUUGCCCGUAGAGUUUGUGUAUGAGAGCGCACAGUCGGCUCACGGCGGCCGCCAGCCCCCGACCAGAGAACAGCUUCACGAGUACCACAAGCUGGCUCUGAUUGAGGAAAUGAGGCGCAAGGCCAAAGCCACUCGAUCGGCACAGAGCAACCUUGGCCCAGAUGACGAUCACCAAGGCGGCGGCCAGGGCGACGACGACGACGACGACGACGAUGUCGAUCCGUUUCAAAGCCUCACCCUGCCUCGGCGGCCCACGAGUACCACGAGUACCACGAGACGGCGGCGCUUGUCCCAUGUCUCUGCAACGCCAAGCGACGACAGAAGUCGCCCGGCCGCAUCGUCGGAAGCUCAGGGCUUGGACAGCGAACCGCGUCUCACGCGCCCACGGCCAUCAUCCGCAGGGAUCACUCAAUCCCUCGGCCUUGGAUCGAGUCGUGGUUUACAUUGGGGUAGUGAUGACUCCGGCCAAAGUGGCGGGGGCGCAUCAGAGCCAGAAUCGCGCGAUGAUUUUGGCCUUGACGACGGGUUCGAUCAUGGCGGUGAGUCUGAAAUGGGUGGUGGCUCCGGCCAUGACGGCGAGGACGCACCCGAGCCAGACCUAGGUGGUGAGUCUGGCCAUGAUGGCGAGGAAGCACCCGAGACCCUCGACGACGAUGCAAUGAGUGUCGACAGCACAGAGUCAGAAUGUGCGCUGGGGGGAUCAGCACGAGAACAGCCAAUGGCUCCUCGUACUUACCGCUUUGCUCGAUGGGGUCAAACCGGACAAACUCGCACUUCUGGUAUGGGUUUGUUUCGCUAG